AGAUAUUUAGUACAAGGUUGAGUAAGGUGCACGAGAGUUUGAAGGUCUCAAACUUGGGAGUUCAACAAGGAAUAAUCUCGGUUUUACUCCUGUUCUUGAUUUGAUAAACGACCUGUAAGAUAAAACAAGCUCAACGGCACCGGUUUAUGCAGAGAUUCCUAAAGAGCGGAAACUAUGCCUUAGAGGCUCAAGAGGUCUUUAGAAAAAACACGGUAAUUAUAGCUAGCAACGUUCUCUUAGGACCCAAAAUUAAGUUUCGAAAUAUAAAUUUGUUGCUCAGCCCUUAGCUUCCAUAUUGAGUAAAAUACGUUGUCAUAACUACAACCUUGUCAGUAAACCUCUAUUGAUCCGUAUUUCAAAAAAUGGCACAUAGUUUCAACUAUGAUGUUGUCGUAAUUUUUCGCUUUUGACAUUUUAGAGUAACAUUGACUGCUUUUAUUAUCGAAAUUUUUAAUAAUGACACAAGAAUUUACUGAUGAAAUCGUUCAUGGGGUUCAGUGUUAUUCACAAUGCCCAGAAACCAAAUCAUUUGCCGAGUUACAAAUGCAAACGGAAUCUUAUAAAGUGUUUCAUCGUGGUACACAAUCGAAACGGUAUAAAACUCAAGAACUUCAAACAGACUUUUGUUAUCAAGAUGAAGCAGUGCACAAUGAUAUACUUACUAACAGAGAUAAGUUAACUGAAGAAACUAGAAUAUUAUGUUUUCUUAAACGUACUGAGCCAAUUAUUACAAAAGAGAUACAAAAGAAUAUUCACUCCAAAGUGUUUAGACGAUUACAGUCAAGAAGACUAUUUUAUAGAAAUAAUGCAGCAGUAAGAAACACACUCAUCCUGAAUGAAGCAAAAGAAUCCGAAUUAUCUGUUACAGGAUUAUCUUGGAAUUCUAAUGGGACACUACUAGCGAUAUCAUAUGGGUCAUUGUGUCAUACUGACUGGUGUACACAUAAUGGCAUAGCAGCACUUUGGAAUGUGUCAAAUGAAAUAUCGGUACUGAAUACCCCUAAGCAGAAAUAUUUAACAGAUACUUGUCUAAUGUGCAUUAAAUUUCACCCGAAAGCUCCAUCUUUGUUAGCUGGAGGAACAUUUACAGGAGAUUUAGUCGUCUGGAAUCGUGCUAACGAAAAUGAUCAUUUAUUAGCCAGUAUCGGAAGUAUGCACAGUGGUCAUAAGGAUUGUAUCAAUCAAAUCAGUUGGAUAUCAGAUAGUCUAGAGUCUGACUUACAAAAUUUGACUUCCGAUAAAAUCAGUCGGUAUACAACAACUUAUCAGUUAUUAAGUUCAGGAAGUGAUGGAAGAAUUAUUUGUUGGCGAAUUGAUCUGCGUCACUCAGGAAAAGUGAACUGUGUUAAGAUUUUUCAAAUAAGACAUAAAGAUCAGAGUCCUUUAGCAAUAUCCAACCAUUUUAAUUCAUUAAAGAAAUGUAGUCUCCUUCGGUCAGAUCUAUCCGAAACAAUAAAUAGUGACAGAGCAGUUAAUAUAACUUGUAUUUCGUUGGCUAAAAAUGAUUCAGAAAAAUUUGUUGUUGGAACUGAAACAGGAGGACUAUUAAUAUGUCAAUUAAAUUCUGUUAACUGGAAUGAAACAUAUAAAGAAUCCUUGGAAGAACACCUACAAUCACCGGUUAAAUUUUCACUAGCUCGUCAAGAUGGUCCGAUUUAUUCAGUAGAUUGGAGUAAAUUCUAUCCCAAUCUUAUUUUAUCUUGUGGAUUCAAUCACUGUAUUCAGCUUUACAAUGUAUUACAAAAAUCUCCAUUGUUAAGUAUAGAUCCAAACAAUGGUUCAGUACUUGUUGUUGAGUUUUCUUCGUAUUUACCAAAUAUUUUUAUCUGCAUAAAUGAGCAUAAUCAUAUACUUAUUUAUGAUUUAACUGGUGAUGGGGAAAUUAAUCCAAUAUACAAACGUUUUAAUGAAGAAAAAUUGUAUACUUUUCAACCUGAACUACUGUAUACAUUGACAUCUCAAAUAGACGAUGAUAUUCAAAGUACAAUCGUAUCUGCAAAACUGAAUGAAAAAGAUUCUAAACUUGUUGCUACUGGAAAUACAGAUGGAAUAGCUUAUGUAUGGGAUUUUGGUAAUCUAAUCAAUGAAUUACCAUUAAAAGUAAUAAAUACUUGAUAAUUAUACAUAUUUCCUAAUUUUAUGAUGAAAUGAUUUAUUCACCUAUUUAGUGUUUUAAUUUACAGCCUGUGAACUGGUUUAGUCCAUCCCUUUAUACAUUGUAUACUUUUUAGAAAUGGAUUAUCCGUUCUAUAAUGAACUUUUUAGCUGAUUAAUUAAUGUAGCUCAGUUUAGAAGUAUAUAUUAAGGCACUAUUAUCUAAGCUAAACCUUUUACAUGACACUCAUCAAUACUUUUAGGCCGUCGGACCCGAAGUUGAAGUAACGUCCUCCACCAAGCAGAUCACUUUUCACGUUCGUUAGGUUAGCAGUGCUAUUAGUGAGAUUGGAAUUCAUGCUAG